UGACCACACAGUGACAGGGGAGCAUUUGGGCAGCAGCCCUGAGCAUCCCCUGACAGCUGGGGGUAGGGAACCCUCAUCCCAUAGCCCAGGGUGUGUGAGGAUCAGGUUGACAUGGAGGGACCCUGUGGGGAAGGCUUUGAGAGACGAAAGACCCCUGACUCUCUCACUUGGAAGGGGAGUUUAGGAAGGCUGCAGGGCCCAGGCUCCUUCCGUGUGCACAGCUGCCUCAGAGGACACGCCAUGUCCCCCACCCUCACAGCCCUGCUCUGCCUGGGGCUGAGUGUGGGACCCAGGACUCACGUGCAGGCAGGAACCCUCCCCAAACCCACCCUCUGGGCUGAUCCAGGCCCUGUGGUCCCCUGGGGGAGCCCUGUGACCCUCUGGUGUCAGGGGACUCUGGGGACUCAGAGCUGCAGUCUCUAUAAAGAUGGAAGCGCAGAGCCCUGGAACAUACCGAGGCCAUGGGAGCCCGGAGACAAGGCCAAGUUCUCCAUCACCAAUGUGCUAGAUCUCCAUGCAGGCAGAUACCGCUGUUACUGUGUCAGCCCCACUGACUGGUCAGAGCCCAGUGACACCCUGGAGCUGGUGGUGAUGACAGGAUCCUACAGCAAACCCUCCCUGUCAGCCUUGUCGAGCCCUGUGGUGAGCCCAGGAGGGACCGUGACCCUCCAGUGUGCCUCAGAGCAGGGAUUUGACAGGAUGGUUCUGACUCAGCAAGGAGAAGACACGUCCUGGACCCUGAACACACAGCCACACCCUAGUGGGCAGGUCCAGGCCCUGUUCCGUGUGGGCCCCAUGAGCCCCAACCACAGGGGGACGUUCAGAUGCCAUGGCUAUUACAGUGACUGGCCCCAGGUGUGGUCACCCCCCAGUGGGCCCCUGCAGCUACUGGUCCCAGGGGCAUCUGGGAAGCCCUCCCUGCUGAGCCUGCAGGGCCCUGUCGUGGCCAUUGGAGAGAUGCUGACCCUCCAGUGUGGCUCUGCUGUGGGCUAUGACAGAUUCGUUCUGUCCCGGGAGGGCGACCCCCGACUCUCCCAGCUCCCUGGCCAGCAGACCCAGGCCGGGCUCUCUCAGGCCGAGUUCUCCCUGGGCCCUGUGAGAAACUCCCACAGGGGCCGGUACCAGUGCUAUGGGGGUCAUAGCCGCUCCCCUCUGUGGUCAGCACCCAGCAGCCCCCUGGACAUCCUGGUGGCAGGACAGCUGGCUGACACCCCCUCCCUCUCGGUGCAGCCGGGCCCCUCUGUCGCCCCAGGAGAGAAGGUGACCCUGCUCUGUCAGUCAGAGAGCUCCAGGGACUCUUUCCUUCUGUCCAAGGAGGGGACACUCCUGCCCCCCCAGCGUCUGAGGUCAGAGUCCCGAGCUCAGGGGUUCCAGGCUGAGUUCUCCUUCCAGCCUGUGACCGCAGCCCACGGGGGCACCUACAGGUGCUACAGCUCCAGUGACAGCGUCCCCCACCUGCUGUCCCAGCCCAGUGCCCCCCUGCAGCUCCUGGUCUCAGCUCCUGCCCAAGGUCACCGAUGGGACAUGAACAUUCUGAUCGGCGUCUUGGUGGCCCUGGCAGCACUGCUCUCCCUCCUCCUCCUCUUCCUUUUCCUGAGACGCAGUUGUCGGGGUGCACACAGGAAGGCCGGCUGCUGCCUCCACAGUCCUCCAGGAAGUGACCUACGCCCAGCUGACCCUCAGGCAGGGGACGGCACCCCCUUCCUCCUGGUCAGAGGAGCCCCCCGAGGAGCCCAGCCUGUACGCUGCUCUGGCCACCCACUAGCACAGGGGGCUAGACUACAGGGACCCCAGAAGUCACAGAGCCUUCUCUCCUCACCUGGACACUUGCCACCUGGACACAGUCAGCGAGGACUCCCAGGCUCCUGGGGGUGGGGCAUCUCCCAACUCUCAACUCUACCUGCCAAGAGAACAAUAAUAAAUAUAAAUAUAAUAAAGCAGUUGGUUUCUUAACAAUCAAGGUGUGAAGUGACAGUCAGAACAGGAGUGAGUGUGUCAGACACAGGACUGCAGGCAGCGUGCAGCUAACCUCAGCCCAUAACAGCUCACUGCGGGGAAAGUCAGGAAGCAGGGCGUCUGCAACAUCAGGAACUUGGGAAAGAACAGCAACCAGCCGAGUGAGAUCAGAAGGGAAGAUGCACAUUCUAGAGACAUGGGUCUCAGGGUCAGCCAGCCGCUGGGGCCAAGCAGGAACACAGAGCCUCGCAUCUCUGCUGUCGGAUACUCACACACCCUGGAGGGUAAAGAGACUGAUUCAUUAUCGGGCAGGGGGUGGACAGCAUAGUGGUUAUGCAAGAGACUCUCAUGCCUGAGGCUCCAAAGUCUGAGGUUCAAUCCCUUUACACCACUAUAAACCAGAGCUGAGCAGUGCUCUGGGGGGAAAAAAAGAUAAAUAAAAAAUAUAUAUGAAAGAGAGAGAUUCAUGAAUGAGUCUAUACCAGGAGGCGAGAGAAUGCAGAUUACAUUGACAACAUCAGCAAAAAUAAAUCUGAAUUCUCCUCUCUACUCAAUAUGCUGGAUCUUGACAUCUAGGAAGAAAUUAACAAAGAAGAAAAAAGUCUUGCAGAGACGGAGAGCCUGGCACCGAGCCCACCAGCCACCUGCCCGGCUGCUGUCUGUCUGCUCUGGACGGACCGUCAUGCAUCUGGCGCGAGCGUCUCUGGGUUCUGCCUGUGUGACAUUCGCUAGCGUUUGCCCUUCUUCCGUAGCCAGUCAACAGCGUCAGGUUGAGCCUGAUGUCAAGUUUCGAGACCUCCUUUGAAUCUGGAGAGGUGGCAGUCGUUGACUAUGUGGGUCAUAGUCUGUCUGGAGCCGCAGGGGCAGUUCGGGUCGUCUCUGGCUCCCCAGCGGUGGAACAUAGCGGCGCACCGGCCAUGGCCUGUUCGAUAGCGAUUGAGGAGGGCCCGAUCAUCACGUGCUAGGUCAGAGCCGGGUGGACGCUUGCAGGGGUCUGUGAUGAAGUGACAUUCGCUGAGCUUCCUGAAACCGUGCCUCAGUGAGCUUGGGGAGCUUGGGAUUUCAGGCAGGAGCCCAGCACAUCUUUCCACUUCCGUGUAUCCUCUCUUGCCUUUCUCAUAGUGAUUAAAGUGUU